AUGCCACAUGAGAUCGCGAUAGACAAGCGUAGUGCCCCCAAGUGGGAAUUCUUCCGGAAGGACGACGGAUUAGUUCAGCUGACCAAGGCACAAACGAUCGCGACACAUGCGCCACUUGCAGAGGUGACAGUGCUGUCCCUGGAGUUCCAGUGUGGGACUCAUGCUCGGAACGGCGAGCAUAGACCAUGUAUCUCGUCAGUCAUGGUAGUGAAGUCAACAGAGCUGGGGGCUAGACGUAGUAGGCCAGAAGACUCGCUCGAGAAGAGCUGGAAGGAGUGA